CUCCACCAUCCCGUAUCGAGCUUCGCAGCAGCGGCAAUGGGGAAGACGGCGAAGGAGAUGACAGUGGUGAAGGGGGUCGACCUGGAGCGGUACAUGGGGCGGUGGUACGAGAUCGCCUCCAUCCCCUCCCGCUUCCAGCCGCGGGACGGGGCCAACACGCGCGCCACCUACACGCUGCGCUCCGACGGCACCGUCCACGUCCUCAACGAGACCUGGAGCGGCGGCCGGCGCGGAUCAAUCGAGGGCACCGCCUACAGGGCCGACCCCGCCAGCGACGAUGCCAAGCUCAAGGUCAAGUUCUACGUGCCCCCCUUCUUCCCCAUCUUCCCCGUCGUCGGCGACUACUGGGUGCUCUACCUCGACGACGACUAUCAGUACGCCCUCAUCGGCCAGCCUUCCCGCACUUACCUCUGGAUACUGUGCAGGCAAACACACAUGGAUGAGGAGGUAUACAUCAUGCUGUUAGAGAAGGCUAAGGAAGAAGGUUAUGAUGUGCAGAAACUGCACAAAACACCUCAAGCAGAUCCUCCUCCAGAAGAGGAGUCAGCUCCUGAGGACAAGAAAGGCAUCUGGUGGAUCAAAUCCCUGCUUGGCAAAUGAAUCAAGCCAUUUCUUUGAAUAAAAUGGCAUUAGGUGGUCUAGUCCAUAUGUUGUUGCAUGUCAUCGGUUUUUUUGUUUCAAUGUGUGCCAUAAUAGUGUCCUCAUGUAUGUUAAAAAAAAUUGCUUUCGGUUUCUUGGGUGCGAUAUAUUUCACUUGUAUAUUUUUUUUAUA